UAAAGAUAUAACUGAAAGUAAAAAACUGAAGAACACGUUUUGGAGACAAAGGAGUUACGGGGUGCAAUCUGUCCAGCACAGACACAUUUGAUCUACAAUGGGCACACCCGUUCCACAGCGGCUGCUGGCUACCCUAGAAAAACUAGACAAGGCUACGUUUCAGACCUUCCAGUGGCACCUGAUGCAGGAAACACUGGAAGGCUUCACUCCCAUGUCAAUCGCCAAUCUAGAGGAUGCUAAGAGGCAAGACACAGUGACUAAGAUGGUGCAGGCCUAUAUGAACGAAGGUGCUGUGAAGAUCACACGGAAGAUCCUGGAAGUCAUGGGAAUGUUUGCUCUAGCAGAUAAGUUAAAGACAGACAGUGAAAAAGGUCAAGCUGCUACUCCCCAGUCUAGCCAGGUUCAAUCUUCAGACAUGGAGACAAAGCAGUAUGGUGCCCAGUUUGUGGAUGAUAACAGGGAAAAUCUUGUUAAAAGGGUUACCAUGGUGAUGCCAAUAGUAGAUAGCCUAUACCAGAAGAAAAUGAUCCAUGAUGAGGAUUACUCUGAAAUCACUGCAGCCCAAACCAGUAAUGCAAAGAUGAGAAAGCUGUAUGCGGCCCUGAUACCUGGAGGAAAGGUGGCUAAAUCAGCCUUUUACCAAGUUCUACUGGAACAACAAUCUCUUCUAGUCGAAGAACUGGGUGGGAUUGGCCAGAAAUGAAGUCAUAACUUGAGCGGCUUCUACAGUCAUGGUCUGGACCUCUAGAAAGGUGCUGGCCAUCUACUCACUUUUUUUCAAAUCUUACCGUUGUCUCUCAACCAUGUACAUUACCAGUCAAAGUUUGGACACACCUACUCAUUCAAGGGUUUUUCUUAGAAUAAUAGUGAAGACAUCAAAACUAUGAAAUAACACAUACGGAAUCAUGUAGUAACCAGUAAGCUGGUUGAGAAAACACCAAGAGCGCGCAAAGCUGUCAUCAAGGCAAAGGGUGGCUGUUUGAAGAAUCUCAAAUAUAAAAUAUAUUUUCAUUUGUUU